ACGCAAUUGUAUAAUCAUAAGAUGUGGACUCACCCCGACAUACAGAGGACCUCCCCUCAACAUAUAUAAACAUACAAGUCACAUUCAUUAGAGAUACAGCAAUCACACCAUCAAGCGUCUGAUUACGCUUGACACAAAGCUGUCCGGAGAGAUCUCUCUCCCGAUUCUUCACUCAUGGCCGACGAACCUUCCAUCACUCGCUGGUCAUUCCAGGAUUUUAAGAUGUUUUAUGAUGUGAAGUUUGGGAGGAAGAGAGAGACUAAUGGCAAAGAUGCCAAUACAAAUGGUCACCCUGAUGGUAAAGAUGUUGCAAAUGGGAGUGUAGCAUCAAAUGGAAAUGGACAUGUGAAGAACACAUCUGAUAUGGCUGUUUAUGAGCAGUUUAUAAGUCAGAAUCAAGGGUCCUUGGUAAAUGACAAUGGAGUUUCGUCCGCUAGAAUCAAUGACAGGCCGCAAAAAGCUCUUCUUCCUCCUUUUGAAUCUGCAGAAAUGCGCACUUUAGCUGAGAGUUUAAGUAGGGAUAUCAUACGCGGUAGUCCAGAUGUGAAGUGGGAAAGCAUAAAAGGGUUAGAGAAUGCUAAGCGUCUGCUUAAAGAAGCAGUUGUCAUGCCUAUAAAAUAUCCCAAGUACUUUACUGGUCUUUUAUCGCCAUGGAAAGGUAUUCUCCUUUUUGGCCCUCCAGGAACAGGAAAGACAAUGCUUGCCAAGGCUGUUGCAACAGAGUGCAAAACUACAUUUUUCAACAUUUCAGCAUCAUCUAUUGUUAGCAAAUGGCGAGGUGAUUCAGAGAAAUUGGUGAAAGUACUUUUUGAGCUUGCUAGGCAUCAUGCACCUUCCACUAUAUUUCUUGAUGAAAUUGAUGCCAUCAUUACUCAACGAGGUGAGGCUCGCAGUGAGCAUGAAGCGAGUAGGCGACUGAAGACUGAGCUACUCAUACAGAUGGAUGGAUUAACAAAAACAAAUGAGCUUGUUUUUGUCUUGGCGGCAACGAACCUCCCUUGGGAACUAGAUGCUGCUCUGCUCCGUCGUCUUGAGAAACGGAUCCUUGUUCCACUUCCGGAACCAGAAGCAAGAAGAUCCAUGUUUCAGGAAUUAUUGCCCCCUGCAGUUGAUGCGGAGAAACUCCCAUAUGAUUUAAUGGUCGAAAAGACAGAAGGCUAUUCAGGUUCAGAUAUACGACUAGUGUGCAAAGAGACUGCAAUGCAGCCCCUGAGACGGUUAAUGACAUGCUUGGAGGAAAAACAAGAAGUGGUGCCUGAGGAUGAAUUGCCGAAGGUAGGACCAAUAAGGCAAGAAGAUAUCAUGGUAGCUCUGAAGAAUACGAGGCCCUCUGCUCAUAUGCAUACUCCUCGAUAUGAGAAGUUUAACAAUGACUAUGGCAGUCAACUCCUCCAUUGAGACCACUAGUAGAGCUCACAUGUGUUUUUUUUUUUCAAUCUUUACCAAUUUGGGUGUCAUUUUUUUAGGCAGAAGUAACAUUUUUGUUUGUUGUUUGUGUUGGAAGGGUAGUGGGAUUUAUUCAAUUGAUAUUUAUAUAUAUAUAUUACAAGAAGAAAACAAAAUUAGUAUUCUUUUCUUCCA